AUGUCAUACCCUAACGCACCUCCUGGUCCCAAACAUCAACCGUCUUCUUAUUCCUCUGGGUCAUCUGAUCCCUUCAACACUCAGCAAUUACCAUACGACAAUGCCCAUCACGCAGGGGGUUACACUCAUCCGGAUGCUGUCAAUAUCCCAGGUGCGGGUGUAGCUCCUCCAGGUCAAGGCGGCCAGUAUGCACCUGUCUUCGAUACCGAAGCGGAGAUGAGAGGUAGAAUGGAAGGUGGUGGUAGAGCUGUGGAGACAUGGGCGAGUGACAGUGGAUACAGUGGAAAUGAUGGUUACUACAACUCAUCAGAAUACCACGGUCAACAAGGCUACGUCCCAUCCAGGGCUUCCACGCCUACUUUCACAGAGGGUAGUAGAGAUGGUCAUCGACCCAGGGAACCUUAUCCCGCUUGGACCCAAGAGGCAAACAUCCCAUUAUCCAAAGAAGAGAUCGAAGAUGUGUUGAUCGACUUGGCCAACAAAUUCGGUUUCCAGAAAGACUCUUCACGAAACGUUUACGACUUCUUGAUGAUCCAGUUAGAUUCCCGAGCAUCCAGAAUGUCACCUAACCAAGCUCUUCUCACUUUACAUGCCGAUUACAUCGGUGGUGAACAUGCCAAUUACAGGAAAUGGUACUUCGCCUCUCAACUUGAUUUGGACGAUGCUAUCGGUGCGGUGCAAAAUCCAGGUUUAUCCAGAGUCAGAUCGGUAGCUAGACGAGGCAAAGGUCCAAAGGGGAAACAAGCACCUGCUACCGCCCAGGAAAAAUCCCUCGAUUCAGCUACCAACAGAUGGAGAACGGCUAUGAACAACAUGUCUCAGUAUGACCGACUCCGUCAAGUCGCUUUGUACUUGCUAUGUUGGGGUGAGGCCGCUCAGGUCAGGUUCAUGCCUGAAUGUCUAUGUUUCAUUUUCAAAUGCGCGGACGAUUAUUACCGAUCACCCGAAUGUCAAAACAGAGUUGAAGCUGUCCCAGAAGGAUUAUAUCUACGAGCUGUCGUCAAGCCUAUCUACAAAUUCCUGCGAGAUCAAGGAUACGAAGUGGUAGAUGGAAGAUUCUUGAAAAGGGAGAAUGAUCACGAUAAGACUAUUGGUUACGACGAUGUCAACCAAUUGUUCUGGUACCCUGAGGGUGUCAGCAGGAUUGUCUUGAAUGAUAAGACCCGUCUCGUCGAUAUCCCUCCUGCUCAAAGAUUCAUGAAAUUCGACAGGAUCGAUUGGAAUAAGGUAUUCUUCAAGACUUAUCUCGAAAAACGAUCCUUCUUCCAUUUACUCGUCAACUUCAACCGUAUCUGGGUUCUGCACAUCUCCGUCUUCUGGUUUUACACUGCUUAUAACGCUCCGUCCAUCUACGCUCAAAAAGGUUCAACGAAAGCCACCACUCCCAUGGCAUGGUCCGUCACUGCGUUGGGUGGUGCUGUCGCUUCGAUCAUCAUGAUAGCCGCUACCCUCGCUGAAUUCUCUUACAUCCCUACGACUUGGAACAACACUUCUCACUUGACUCGACGAUUGAUAUUCCUUCUCAUCAUCCUUGGUAUCACUGGAGCUCCAACCAUCUAUAUCGCCUUCUGGAAUCAAACAGGUCAAGUGUCAUUGAUUCUCGGUAUCGUUCAGUUCUUUGUGUCAGUCGUCGCUACCGCUGCAUUCGCUACCCUACCUUCUGGUCGAAUGUUUGGUGAUCGAGUAGCUGGUAAAUCAAGGAAAUACUUAGCCAAUCAAACAUUCACCGCGUCGUACCCCAAGCUACCAAGGAACAACCGAUUCGCAUCGUUCUUGCUCUGGUUCCUCAUUUUCGGUUGUAAAUUCGCUGAAUCAUACUUCUUCCUGACCUUGUCCUUCCGAGAUCCCAUCAAGGUAAUGGUCGGAAUGAAAGUGCAAAACUGUCACGACAAAUAUCUCGGAACUGGAUUAUGUACGAACCAACCUGCCUUCGCGUUGACGGUCAUGUUCGUCAUGGACUUGACUCUGUUCUUCUUGGAUACCUUCCUUUGGUACGUUAUCUGGAACACCGUCUUCUCCAUUGCAAGAAGUUUCGCAAUUGGUAUGUCCAUCUGGACACCAUGGGCCGAUAUCUUUGCUAGAUUGCCAAAGAGGAUUUACGCAAAGAUCUUGGCUACUGCUGAUAUGGAAGUGAAGUAUAAGCCAAAGGUACUCGUAUCCCAAGUCUGGAACGCCGUCAUCAUCUCCAUGUAUCGAGAACAUCUCUUGUCCAUCGAACACGUCCAGAAGUUGCUAUACCACCAAGUCCAAUCCGAUCAACCUGGCAAACGAACUCUCCGGGCUCCAGCAUUCUUCAUCUCGCAAGGUGAUAAAGGUGUAAAGACCGAGUUCUUCCCCAAAGGAUCCGAAGCCGAACGACGAAUCUCUUUCUUCGCUCAGUCACUUACCACUGCUAUCCCUGAACCAAUCCCAGUUGAGGCUAUGCCAACAUUUACCGUUCUUGUACCUCACUACUCUGAGAAGAUCUUGUUAUCACUUAGGGAAAUUAUCAGAGAGGAGGAUCAGAAUACUCGAGUCACCUUGUUAGAAUACCUCAAACAACUCCAUCCCAUCGAAUGGGACAACUUCGUCAGAGAUACCAAGAUCUUGGCUGAAGAAUCCAAUAUGUUCAACGGUGGUAACCCCUUCGGUAACGACGAGAAGGCUGAAGCGAAGAAGGCCGAUGAUAUCCCAUUCUACACUAUCGGUUUCAAGUCUGCUGCCCCUGAGUACACCCUACGAACCCGAAUUUGGGCUUCGCUUCGUGCUCAAACUCUUUACCGAACUGUUUCUGGUUUCAUGAAUUACUCCAAAGCUAUCAAGUUGCUCUACCGAGUCGAGAAUCCUGAAGUUGUGCAAUUGUUCGGAGGUAACACUGAUCAACUUGAACGAGAACUCGAACGAAUGGCCCGAAGAAAGUUUAAAUUUGUCGUAUCCAUGCAAAGAUAUUCGAAAUUCAACAAAGAAGAACACGAAAAUGCCGAAUUCCUGCUCCGAGCUUACCCUGAUUUACAAAUUGCUUACCUAGAUGAAGAACCACCUAGAAAGGAUGGCGGCGAAUCGAGGAUCUUCUCUGCUUUGGUGGACGGACACUCUGAGAUUCUGCCAAACGGUAGAAGAAGACCCAAGUUUAGGAUUGAAUUGCCCGGUAACCCUAUCUUAGGUGACGGUAAAUCGGAUAACCAGAAUCACGCCAUCGUCUUCUACCGAGGUGAAUACUUGCAACUUAUCGAUGCGAACCAGGAUAACUAUUUGGAAGAAUGUCUCAAGAUCAGAAACGUUCUAGGUGAAUUUGAGGAGUUCAGAGUGUCCAACCAAUCUCCUUAUGCCCAAAAUGGUCAUCAGCAAUUCGAGAAAUUCCCUGUUGCGAUUUUAGGAGCCAGAGAAUAUAUCUUCUCUGAAAACAUUGGUAUUUUAGGUGAUAUCGCUGCCGGUAAAGAACAGACAUUCGGUACUCUCGCUGCAAGGUCAUUGUCAUACAUCGGAGGUAAAUUGCAUUAUGGACAUCCCGAUUUCCUCAACGCGAUCUACAUGAAUACUCGAGGUGGUGUUUCAAAGGCUCAAAAGGGAUUACACUUGAACGAGGAUAUCUACGCUGGUAUGAUGGCUUUCGGACGAGGUGGUAGGAUCAAGCAUUCAGAGUACUACCAAUGUGGUAAAGGAAGAGAUUUAGGUUUCGGUACUAUUUUGAAUUUCCAAACUAAGAUCGGUACUGGUAUGGGUGAACAGAUGCUUUCGAGAGAAUAUUAUUAUUUGGGUACCCAAUUGCCAAUCGAUAGAUUCUUGACUUUCUACUACGGUCAUCCAGGUUUCCACAUCAACAACAUCCUCGUCAUGUGUUCCGUUCAAGUGUUCAUGCUGGCCCUCGUCUUCCUCGGUACCUUGAACAAGCAAUUGGUUGUCUGUAAAUACAGUGCUGCCGGUGAUAUUUUACCUGGUCAAAGUGGUUGUUACAACCUCCAACCUGUGUUCAGAUGGAUCAAACGAUGUAUCAUCUCGAUUUUCAUCGUGUUCUGGGUCGCUUUCAUCCCUCUUUUCGUGCAGGAACUUACCGAACGAGGUGCUGGUCGAGCUAUCUUACGUCUAUGCAAGCAUUUCUUGUCCCUCUCACCGGUAUUCGAAGUGUUCUCUACUCAGAUCUACAUGCACUCGAUCCUGAAUAACUUGACUUUCGGUGGUGCAAGAUAUAUUGCCACUGGUCGAGGUUUCGCUACUACGCGUAUAUCUUUCAGUAUCUUAUACUCUCGAUUCGCUGGUCCUUCGAUCUACCUUGGUCUUCGAACAUUGGUAUUGUUGCUAUACAUCACCUUGUCUGUAUUCGUACCUCACCUGAUCUACUUCUGGAUCACCGUCGUUGGUCUUUGUGUCGCUCCAUUUUUGUUCAACCCGCAUCAAUUCUCCUAUUCUGACUUUAUCAUCGAUUACCGAGAAUUCCUUCGAUGGAUGUCUAGAGGUAACUCCCGAACACACGCCAACUCAUGGGUCGGAUACUGCCGAUUGUCAAGAACUCGAAUUACCGGUUUCAAGAGGAAAAGACUUGGUCUGCCAUCCGAGAAACUCUCCUCAGAUACACCCAGAGCACCUUGGAAGGCUAUUGUCGUUGGUGAAAUCAUCGGUCCGAUCUGCGUCGCCAUCCUCUUCGUCAUCUGUUACCUUUUCGUCAAGUCAUUCACUGUCGAUGGUAGAACUCAACCUGGUUUAUUGCGGAUCGCCAUCAUCGCUCUAGGACCGAUCGUAUGGAACAUGGCCUUCUUGAUUACCUUGUUCUUGAUCUCAGUCUUCCUCGGACCAUGCUUGAACUCCUACACCAACCAAUUCGGUGCUACCAUGGCUGCCAUCGCUCACUUCGGUGCUGUUGUCGGUAUGGUCGCGUUCUUUGAGUUCUUGUGGUUCUUAGAAUUAUGGGAUGCCUCGCAUGCCGUAUUGGGUAUCAUCGCUGUGAUCUCAGUGCAAAGGUGUAUCUUCAAGAUCCUCAUUGCCGUCUUCCUCUCAAGAGAAUUCAAGCACGAUGAAACCAACAGAGCAUGGUGGACUGGUGUUUGGUUCAACAGAGGCUUAGGUUCGCACGCUCUAUCUCAACCUGCAAGAGAAUUUGUGGUCAAGACGAUUGAAAUGGGAUUAUAUUCUGCCGAUUUCAUUGCUUGUCACUUGCUGUUGUUCCUCUUAACUCCACCAAUGUUGAUACCAUACUUCGAUCGAUUACACGCUACGAUGUUGUUCUGGUUGGCUCCUUCGCAACAAAUCAGACCUCCUAUUUACAGUUUCAGACAAAGGAGUCAGAGAAGAAAGAUUGUGUUCACUUACUCAAUCGUAUAUGUCCUCAUCCAGGCCAUCUUCGUGGCUCUGAUAGUACUUCCUCUGCUGUUCAAAGGUGUCAUCGGUCUCACACCGAGCGACGUACCAUUCGGUGCUGUCAUCUAA